AUGUCACUUUGGCAAAUGGGUUUGUCAUUGACUAUUACAGUGACAAAUGGGGUAGUCAUUGACCAUGUCACCUUGGCAAAUGGGUUUGACAUUGACUAUAACAGUGACAAUUGGGUAGCCAUUGUCCAUGUCACCUUGGCAAAUUGUGACAUAUGGGGUAGCCAUUGUCCAUGUCAUAGUGACAAAUGGGAUGCCACUGUCCAUGUUAUAGUGACAAAUGGGGUAGCCAUUGUCCAUGUUAUAGAGACAGAUGGGGUAGCCAUUGUACAUGUUAUAGUGACAAAUGGGGUAGCCACUGUCCAUGUUAUAGUGACAAAUGGGGUUGCCACUGUCCAUGUCAUAGUGACAAAUGGGGUAGCCAUUGUCCAUGUUAUAUUGACAAAUGGGGUUGCCACUGUCCAUGUUAUAUUGACAAAUGGGGUUGCCACUGUCCAUGUUAUAUUGACACAUGGGGUAGCCAUUGUCCAUGUUUUAGUGAAAAAUGGGGUUGCCACUGUCCAUGCUAUAGUGACAAAUCAGGUUGCCACUGUCCAUGCUAUAGUGACAAAUCGGGUUGCCACUGUCCAUGCUAUAGUGACAAAUCGGGUUGCCACUGUCCAUGUUAUAUUGACAAAUGGGGUUGCCACUGUCCAUGUUAUAUUGACAAAUGGGGUUGCCACUGUCCAUGUUAUAUUGACACAUGGGGUAGCCAUUGUCCAUGUUUUAGUGAAAAAUGGGGUUGCCACUGUCCAUGCUAUAGUGACAAAUCGGGUUGCCACUGUCCAUGCUAUAGUGACAAAUCGGGUUGCCACUGUCCAUGGAAAAUUCCAUUACAUUAUAGUGACAAAUGGGAUAGCCAUUGUCCAUGUUAUAGUGACAAAUCGGGUUGCCACUGUCCAUGUUAUAGUGACAAAUCAGGUUGCCACUGUCCAUGUUAUAGUGACAAAUGGGGUUGCCACUCUCCAUGUUAUAGUGACAAAUGGGGUUGCCACUUUCCAUGUUAUAGUGACAAAUGGGGUUACCACUGUCCAUGUUAUAGUGACAAAUGGGAUUGCCACUGUCCAUGUUAUAGUGACAAAUGGGAUAGCCACUGUCCAUGUUAUAGUGACAAAUGGGGUUGCCACUGUCCAUGCUAUAGUGACAAAUGGGGUUGCCACUGUCCAUGUUAUAGUGACAAAUCGGGUUGCCACUGCCCAUGUUAUAGUGACAAAUGGGGGUGCCACUGUCCAUGUUAUAGUGACAAAUGGGAUUGCCACUGUCCAUGUUAUAGUGACAAAUUGGGUUGCCACUGUACAUGUUAUAGUGACAAAUGGGGUUGCCACUGUCCAUGCUAUAGUGAAAAAUGGGAUUGCCACUGUCCAUGCUAUAGUGACAAAUGGGGUUGCCACUGUCCAUGCUAUAGUGACAAAUGGGGUUGCCACUGUCCAUGUUAUUUAUAGUGACAAAUGGGUUGCCACUGUCCAUGUUAUAAUGACAGAUGGGGUUGCCACUGUCCUUGUUAUAGAUCUCAACAUGUUGAGACUUCUGUGGUGGAGAAAGACCCCAGGUGCCCCUCUGGGCCUUGAUUCAUUGCAGGCGGGCGUCUUGGUAAAUGCACCAUCCUUUGGUAUACCAGCCAGAUGGCUUCCUCACUUGAAAGAUUUCUACACUACAAGUGAAGCUUCCACAGCUGUGAAAGGCAAAUAA